AUGCAUCUCCUCUCCAUACUCCCCUUCCUGGGCCUCGCCCUUGCGACACCGUUGCACCCACCUCCACCUCCACCUCCGCCUUCUCACCCACACCCUCACGCCCCAAAAACUAACAUCAAAUGCCCCAUAAUCUUCGACGGCCGCAUCACCAAAAACCUAACCCUCCAAUCCUUCGACACAGCCACCGGCGGCACGCCCUACAACCCCGACUACGUAAAAGGCGAAAACCGCACCUGGUCCUCCAUUCUCCUCUUCCCCAAGACCACACCUCCAUCCCGCUUCGACAACGCCCUCCUGCACAAACCAGUCGAAGUAACAAUCGACGACGGAUCUUUGUUCCGCGCAGGCGAAAACCUCCAAACGGGGUUCCGGCGCGCAGGCCUCUUGUUCAAAGACGAUUUUAACGACGCCGGUGCCGAUGCGUCGGAUAACGGCGUAGUGACAUUCCAUUGGAGUAUCCGGCAGGAUGAACACAGGCCGCUGAAUCUGAGCCAUGAGUAUAUGAAUGUGUGGCAUGAGAAGGGUGAUUACAGCGGUAACCAAUUCAUGUUUGUGGGGGGCGUUGUGUUGGUCGGUGAUGGCGGGACGGGUGUGGAUACGAAGAAAGAGAGGGAGAUGUGGAAGGUGCAGAAUGCGAAGAAUGAGUUUGUGUAUGAGACGAGAAUAGUGAGGGGGGACUGGCAGAAUUUUGGGGUGCAGUUGGAUUAUGUUAGGGAUACGAUCAAGGUUUAUUACUCUACGGGCGAUGAGCCGCUGAAGGCGGUUACCAGGGCUACACCUAAUAGCAAUGCUGGUGGUGGGCAGUUACAGAUUGGUAUUGCGAAGAAGCCUACGGAGACUGAGACGGUGGUGUACGAUGGGUACCAAGAGCACAUUCCUCUCCGUGGUGAAGGGCAGAUCUACGGUGGCAUCUUCGUGGAGGACAGCUCGAAUGGGUGUGUCAGUUUAUGA